AUGGCUCGUUUAGCUAAUAAUCCGGCAGUAUCCCGAGAUCUUUCUGGGCAUACGAAGCCAACAACAUGCACAACUUCGGGCGUCUCAUCCAACUCAAUUGAAUUGGAUUUUGUGAAAAGGCGCUUCCUUCAACAGAACAAGGUGCUAGCCACGAAGAAUUCAGAACUCAUGGCAAGGAUCAGUAAGUUGGAGGACCAAUUGGCAUCCGCCCAAAGCGACAAUCUUUCUCUAAGAAAUGCUGAGGUUAAAGUGAGGGAUCACUUUGGGAAGAGUCUGGACUCACUGGAAAUAGACGUCAUCGAAAAGUUUGAGAGUAUACUGUCGCAGAUCAAUCGAAUGCGCCGCGAACUAUCUGUCAGUGAAACUAUAGCUGAAAGCCGACUAAGAGAACUAAAAGAGGCAAAGAUACAAGAAAUCAGGAAUCGAGAACAGCAAAGCACGGAACGUUGGAAACGAAGGAGAAGAAGCCUUUCGAUACGAGCAGAAACUGUUGACCCGCAAAUGCCUGUCGUGAUCCCAACCCCUGAACCUGAGCGCCCAGUUGUCAACGAUCUUUGCACGCCAGAUACCGUUGAAACCGAAAAAGCCACGCCCAAAGAGACCGUUCAAGAAAUACCUAGACCUGCAGAUGUUGAGGAAGUUCUGCAUGAAGAGUUGCCACCUCGUCUGCCUUCAGACAUGAAUGGUUCUCCUGAGCUUCUGGCAACCCCUCCGCAAUCAAAAGGAAGAGAAACGAAAGCAAUUGAAAUACAGAGCUCGUCUCCGGAACAGCUCUUGAAACCAAAACGCCCAAUUGUUUUCCAAGACAAUAUUGACCCGCUCUCGAUGCCCACUCGUGCAAGUAAGCGCAAAUCUUUUUCGCCUCACCACUCAAUUCGGAAGCUACGAAGAAAAUCCAUCAUCGGAGAUUCUUCAGACGCUAAGUCACGGCGAGCCACUAUUAUAGGAGUCAAAAGAAGCCGCAAAACGCAAAGGGAACCAUUGUCGCAAAUGGAUUCGAAUGUUCCCGCUCAACCGCAGAAUCGGGACGAAACUCCAGCAGAUUCGGUUUUCGAGUUUAUGGAGACUACGGUCAAUGCCGACCAAGAGAACUUGAACCGACAGCGUAGAAAAAGCAUGAGUUUCCGUCGCACAGCUAGAGGUAUAGAAGAGAUUAAUUAA